GCGCGUUCGACCUAGCGCUGGCAAGAAGUUAGUUCCUGCUCUACGCUGGCCGUUUCCUGUAAUCGUACAGUGUUGUGAGACGGAGAAAGCCAUGUGUGUCGAUGCAAAGGGCAUCUGUACACACAUUUAUUGAUGGAUCUCUUAAAGCUCACUCCAACCAGAGAAGCAAAAAGUAACUCCUAGGAGAGGAUAGAGGGGAGGAAGAGAGAGAGUGAAGAAGGGUGAACCGGUGGACUCUCUCUUUUCCUGUUCCCCACUCCCUGAUAAUUAAUUUCAGCAUACCUACAAAGUCUCUUCAGACUUGUUGGAUGUUUUUGUACCGACACUGGAUAUCACACAUUCUUUUCUUUUUUUCACAAACUCUUUGACAAGAUGGCAGAUCCCAUUAUGGACCUCUUUGAUGACACACCACUGUUCAAUUUGGAUUCCUUACCGGAGGAUGCGUUCUCCCAGGGCUCCUCAGACCCGGUCGAGGAGGCGCUGAAGUUGGCACUGGGCCAAGUGGACCCACCUACGGACCCUAUGUCGGAUGCUGGUGUCCCCGUGCUCAGUGAUGUUGUCACAGAUCCAGCUCUAAUCCCAACACCCGUCGCAGCUCCUAUCUCCGUCCCACUGCAGACCCUUCAAACACAGCAGCCCACCCAGAUGGCCCAUGAGGUUUCUGUGGCCCCGGCUUCAAUUUCCGUUCAGCCCUCUCUCUCGGUGGCCAGUAAUAGCAGUGGGGCGGCAACGGUCCUGCUGAGCUCCCCUCUUGGAGUACCUGUGUCAGCGGCUCAAGUCACCACCCAGCAACUGCAGACUCAGCAAAUCGCUGUUACGCAACAGGGGGCAGGGCAGGGGGCCCCAAAAAUUGUAAUUCUCAAAGGCCCUCAGGGUCAGACUCAAGUGCUACAGGGUGUUACAGGGGCCACAGGCUCUCCAGGGAAAGUCACCCUCGCUAGAGUUCUGACAGGGACCCCGCUUAGACCAGGGAUGGCGGUUGUUUCCGGGGGGACAGUAUUAAACGCGACAUCUCCUGGGCAGGGACAGGUGAAAGUGGGCACUGGAGUCCAAAGGCUGGUUCAGACUGCAAAUGGCCCGAUGAAGCAGGUGUUACUGACCUCAGUGCCCCAGACUCAAUCGCAGGUUCAGACGCAGCAGGUUCAGGUGCAGAUACCUGCGCAGACCCAGCUGCAGUCACAGUCGCAGCCAGCACAGGUACAGGCGCAGGUCCAGGUGCAGCCUCAGGCACAGGUGGCAUUACAAGCCCAAGUGCAAACACAGGACCAAGCGCCGGCUACUACAUCCCCUGGAACAACAGCAGCGGCCGUCCGACCUCAAAGUGUCACACUUUCAGCAGUGCCACAGCAGGGGGAAGCGAAGAGGAUCACUUUGGUUCUACAGCAGCCCUCGCAAGGUGGAGCAGCCCAGGCCGGGACAGUGACAGUAGGGGGAACUGCAGCUGCAGGGGCAGGUCAGCAGGGCCAGCAGCCCAGGCUGGUGUUGGGCUCUCUGCCAGGGAAGUUGGUCCUGCAGGGUGGCCAGCUGGCAGCUCUCGCCCAAGCCAAGGCAGGUCAAACGGGUGCGCAGCCGAAAGUGCUCACCAUUCAGCUGCAAGUUCAGCAGCAGCCCAACCAACAGGGAGCCAAGUUUCAAUUGGUUUCUGGGGCAGCUAAUGCUGGUGGCGGCCCUCAGGUGGUGCAGAUUUCUCAAGGCCAAGGAGGACAAAGACUAGCAGUGCCUCUUAAACUACUGCUGCAGCCACAGUCAACCACUGCUUCCAGUGCUGGUGGGGCCGUUUCUGUGGUUAAAGUUAUCAAUACCUCGGCUGCCGGGUCUGCGUCCAGCACCACCACCACAGCCGCGUCUUCCGGUGUGCGUUUGGCGAAGGUCCAGGAGCCCGUGCGAAGAGUGGAGACCCUGUGCAAACAAGAGAAAGCAAAUCGCAUUGUUGCUGAGGCCAUCGCACGGGCCAAAGCCAGGGGCGAACGGAACAUCCCCCGUGUGCUCAACCAGGAUGAACUGCCUGCCGGACAGACCUCUGCAGACCUGGAGAGUACCCCAGGGGCUGGAGGAGCCAAAAAGAAAGGAGGAGGAGGAGGAGGAGGAGGUGGUGGUGGUGGUGGUGGUGGUGGUAGUAGUAGUGGAGGGAGCAAGAAGAAAAGCCCAAGUGCGGGAGGAGGGAAAGUGGUGGUGGGAGGAGACAAGAAAUCCAAGGCGAAGACUCCAGGAGUGGUUUCUGGAGGCGGAGGCAGUAAAAGUAAAUCCAAGACUAAGCUGAACACCAUCACUCCUGUGGGUGGUAAGAAAAGGAAAAGAAAUGCAUCCUCUGACCAUUCAGAUAUAGAUCUAAGCCCACCUGUUUCACCCCGCACACUGGAGGAGGAAAUGUCACAGAAGCGGCGUUCUAACCGUCAAGUGAAGCGGAAGAAGUACACAGAGGAUUUGGACAUUAAAAUCACAGAUGACGAAGAUGAAAUGGAUGCGGAUGUUGACGUAACCACAACCCCUGUGUCUAGUGCAGGGCAUCUCCAGUCUAUGGGCGCAGAACUCCAGCAUGAACUGGAUGGGGAUGGUCUUCCAAGCAUGCAGUUUUUUGUGGAGAACCCAAGUGAGGAGGACGCUGCUAUUGUGGAUAAAAUAUUGUCUAUGCGGGUGACCAAAAAGGAGGUGUCUCCAGGGCAGUAUACUAAUGUGGAGGAAUUUUUUGUCAAAUAUAAAAACUACUCGUACAUGCACUGUGAAUGGGCCAGUCUUGAGCAACUUGAAAGAGACAAGAGGAUCCAUCAGAAGCUGAAAAGAUUCAAGACAAAACAGGCACAGAUGAGGAACCUAUUCCAAGAGGAUGAGGAACCUUUCAAUCCAGACUAUGUGGAGGUUGAUCGUAUUUUGGAUGAGUCACACAGUGUUGAUAAAGACAAUGGGGAGCCGGUUGUUUACUACUUAGUGAAGUGGUGCUCUCUGCCCUAUGAAGAUGCUACCUGGGAGCUGAAGGAGGAUGUUGAUGAAGGAAAAGUGGAAGAAUUCCGGAAGAUUGAAAGCCGCCCGGCCCGACUCAAAAGAACUCCUCGACCUGCUGCAAGUGCCUGGAAGAAGCUUGAUGAGUCCAGAGAGUAUAAGAAUGGGAACCAGCUCCGAGAGUACCAGCUGGAGGGAGUCAACUGGCUGCUCUUCAACUGGUACAACAGGCAAAACUGCAUCCUGGCAGAUGAAAUGGGUCUGGGGAAGACCAUUCAGUCCAUAGCCUUGCUGUCAGAGGUGUUUGCUGCAGGGGUUCAGGGGCCGUUCCUCAUCAUUGCCCCUUUAUCCACUAUCACAAACUGGGAGAGAGAGUUUUCCACCUGGACAGAUAUGAAUGCUAUUGUUUACCACGGCAGUCUGGCCAGUAGACAGAUGAUCCAGCAGUAUGAAAUGUACUGCAAAGAUGAUAAGGGACACUUGAUACCAGGGGCCUAUAAGUUUGACGCUCUGAUCACAACCUUUGAGAUGAUUCUCUCAGAUUGCCCAGAGCUGAGGGAGAUUUCUUGGCGCUGUGUAGUUAUUGAUGAAGCUCACCGUUUGAAGAACAGAAACUGCAAACUCCUCGACAGCCUCAAGAUGCUUGACCUUGAGCAUAAAGUGUUGUUGACAGGCACUCCACUUCAAAACACAGUAGAGGAGCUGUUCAGUCUGCUGCACUUUCUGGAGCCGGCCCAGUUUCCCUCGGAGAUAGAGUUCUUGCGCGAGUUUGGAGAUCUUAAAACAGAGGAGCAGGUCCAGAAACUGCAGUCAAUUCUAAAGCCAAUGAUGCUGCGUAGACUGAAAGAAGAUGUAGAAAAGAACCUCGCCCCAAAACAGGAGACCAUUAUUGAGGUGGAGUUGACUGAUGUACAGAAGAAGUAUUACCGUGCUAUUCUAGAACGUAACUUCAGCUUCCUUAGCAUGGGAGCCACACAAAACAGCAAUGUACCCAAUCUCCUCAACACAAUGAUGGAACUUCGAAAGUGCUGCAACCACCCUUACCUCAUUACAGGUGCUGAGGAGAAGAUAGUGGCUGAGCUGAGGGAAGUGUAUGAUCCUCUGGCUCCAGACUUUCAUCUCCAGGCUCUGGUGCGCUCUGCAGGGAAACUGGUCUUGCUGGAUAAGCUGCUUCCUCGCCUUAAGGCUGGCGGGCACAAGGUGCUCAUCUUCUCACAGAUGGUGCGGUGCCUCGACAUCCUUGAGGACUACCUCAUACACAAGAGAUACCUGUAUGAGCGCAUUGAUGGGCGGGUCAGAGGAAACCUGCGACAAGCGGCCAUUGAUCGCUUUAGUAAACCUGAUUCAGACCGGUUUGUCUUCCUGCUUUGUACCCGGGCUGGAGGUUUGGGCAUUAAUUUGACUGCUGCUGACACCUGUGUCAUUUUCGACUCUGACUGGAACCCACAGAAUGAUCUUCAAGCUCAGGCACGUUGCCAUCGUAUUGGUCAGUCUAAAGCGGUGAAGGUGUAUCGUCUCAUUACCAGAAACUCAUAUGAAAGAGAGAUGUUGGACAAAGCGAGUCUUAAACUGGGACUUGAUCGAGCCGUUCUGCAAAGCAUGAGUGGAAAUAAAGACAGCAGUGUUAAUGGGAUCCAGCAGUUCUCCAAGAAGGAGAUUGAGGAUUUACUUCGUAAAGGUGCUUAUGCAGCCAUUAUGGACGAGAACGACGAGGGCAGCCGUUUCUGUGAGGAGGACAUCGAUCAGAUACUUCAGAGAAGAGCAACAACCAUCACUAUAGAGAGUGAAGGCAAGGGAUCCACCUUCUCCAAAGCCAGCUUUGUGGCUUCUGAGAAUCGCACCGAUAUUGCUCUGGAUGAUCCUGAGUUCUGGCAAAAGUGGGCCAAGAAAGCUGACAUAGACAUGGACUCUCUCAACAGGAAGAAUACUCUUGUGAUUGACACGCCAAGAGUGAGAAAGCAAACGCGUCAGUAUUCCAGUCUGCGUGGAGAAGGUGGAGAUCUGUCUGACUUGGAUAGUGAUGAUGACUACCCACCCCAUAAUUCCCGUCAAUCUCGGGCUUCUCGACGCUCAGAUCGGCAUUCUGGUGGUGGUUAUGGGCGCACAGACUGCUUCAGAGUGGAAAAGCACCUACUUGUUUAUGGGUGGGGCCGUUGGAGGGAUAUCCUGUCUCAUGCUCGCUGUAAGAGGCGUCUCAGUGAACGUGAUGUGGAGACCAUCUGCCGCGUCAUCCUGGUUUUCUGUCUGAUACAUUACCGUGGAGAUGAGAAUAUCAAAAGCUUCAUUUGGGAGCUAAUCACCCCUCCAGAGAAUGGACGAGAACCACAGGCUCUGCUUAAUCACUCUGGUUUGUCUAUCCCUGUUCCUCGUGGCAGGAAGGGAAAACGAGUCAAGGCUCAGAGCUCUUUUGAUGUGCAGAAAGUUGAGUGGAUUCGAAAGUAUAAUCCUGACAGUCUUCUGCUUGACGACAGUUACCGAAAACACCUCAAACACCAGUGCAACAAAGUGUUGCUGAGAGUACGUAUGCUGUAUUACCUGAAGCAGGAGGUCAUUGGAGAACAUGCUGAUUCUGUAUUGAGAGGAGCUGAUGCAAGGGAUAUUGAUAUCUGGUUGCCUGAAAUGGAGCAGCAGGAUGUUCCGUCUGGCUGGUGGGACGCAGAAGCAGACCGAUGCUUGCUUAUCGGUGUCUAUAAACAUGGAUAUGAGAUGUACACCACUAUGCGUGCUGACCCCUGCUUAUGUUUUGUUGAGCGAUGUGGGCGUCCUAAUGAGCAGGACAUAAACGCGGAGCAGCAAGCAGCAGACCCAGAGCUUGGGGAGGGAGGGGACUAUGACAAGUACUCAGAAGAUCCAGAAUUCAAACCUGCGACAAGACACACCAAGGAUGUAUAUGAGGAGGCUGAUUCGGUGAAUGCAGAUGGUGAGAUUUGUGUGGAGGAUCGCUCUGCCCCUGUGCAGGUUGAAGGGCCAUCUUCAGGAUCAUCAGAUUUGUGUUACUGGCCAACAAGUUCGUCGCUCACAGCUAGACUACGCCGUCUUAUCACCGCCUACCAACGCAGUUACAGACGAGAGCAGCUGAAGAUAGAAGCAGCGGAGAAGGGUGACCGUAGACGUAGACGCUGUGAACAAGCCACAAAACUUAAAGAGAUAGCCCGACAAGAACGACAACAAAGGUGGACUCGUAGGGAGGAGUGUGACUUUUACAGGGUGGUAUCAACCUUUGGGGUUGAAAGAAUAAAGAAAGAAGGCGAUGCUCCAGAAGGGGAUGAGCAUCAUAUGGACUGGAAUCGCUUCCGUUCUUUUGCUCGACUUGAUAAGAAAACCGAUGAGAGCUUGACACGUUACUUCAAGUGCUUCAUGUCCAUGUGUCGGAAAGUGUGUCACUUUCGGCCAGCACGUGGAGAAGGAGAAAUUCACUGGAAACUGGUUUCGAGUAGGGAUGCAAAAUAUAUUGAAACUCAAGAUUUGUCCCAGUCUCUGGCCCCUAUCACAGAAGAACGAGCCUCACGCACACUCUACAGGGUCAGCUUGCUCUGUCGGCUACGUGAGCGUGUUCUUCCCCACCCCUCAUUGGAGGAGCGCCUCAGUCUGGCACCACCUUCCUCUGACCUCCCGAACUGGUGGAGCAUCCCACAGCAUGACCACGAGCUGCUCUUAGCUGCCGCCAGACAUGGUGUCAGCCGCACUGAACUCUCAAUCUUCUCUGACCCGCAGUACUCAUUCAGUCAGGCCCGCCUCGACUACCUCCAGAACCAGCAAGCCCAAGCUGCUUCGCAGAUUCACGUGUUAAGUCAGUCACAGGAUCCGACUGGUAUCAAAGAGGAGAGCCUAGAUGAUGAGUCUCGGCUGCUGGGGGUGGAGGCACUCUGUCCGUCAGACUCUCCAGCCAUGCUCCUCUCCCAUUCUGAGGUGAAAGUUGGAGUCCAAGCUGGAUGGGGCUGGAAGAAGAAUAAAAAUAAUGGGCCGAGUGAGAGAAAAGCAGGAAGAGAGAGAGGCGAAGGGCCUUCGGACUCCGAUUCUGAUUCAGACUCUGGCUCGUCUUCCUCCUCCCGUCAUUCUGGCAGCUCAGACGAUAGCGGAGACAGUGAUGCAGAGAGAGAACAAGUAGCAACUCUUAAGAUGUGCGAUGGCGAUGAAGAAAACAGCAUCCUCUCACUCACACCAUCUCAAGAAGGUGCCCCACCCGAAUCCCUCACUGACCCUCUGAGAGUUGAUUGGCCCAAAGACCGUGUGUUGAUAAACCGAAUAGACAACCUCUGCUCGCUGGUUGUAAUGGGGCACUGGCCGUCAGGUCGACGCUACGUUUCUGACAUACAGCUCAAUGCUACAUCUGAAGAGCAUGACCUCAGUGACGAUGUAGGUUACCCCCGAGUGGCACGCAAAAGCAACAGUGCCCUGUCUGCAGAAGCUCUUGAAGGCCAAGAAUCAGAAUUCACAGUAAAACUCCUAAAGGAGGAGGGUCUGAAGUUAACGUUUUCUAAGCAGGCUCUAAUGCCAAAUGGUGAAGGAAGUGCACGCAAAAAGAGAAAGGACCACGAGCUGGUAGAUGCCGAAGGGGUUCUCCAUGCUCCCCGCAGAAGGGACCUUCCUAACUGGCUCAAAGAAAACCCAGAUUAUGAAGUGGAAGGAGACAUGUUAGAAUUACUGGUGAACCGGACCAAAAGGAAGAGGAGGAGGAAGAGGGUAGAGAAAGGAGCAGCACUUACCGGCAGUGAGAGAGUGAAGGUCAUAGACAUAAGGACAGGCAAGAAGUUUGGUGGAAUAUACGGGCCUUUACUACAGGACCUGAGAGAGCACCUGGAGGAGAAUCCUGACCACGUUGUAGCACCAGAAUGGUCUGAGACUGUUCGCAACUCGGGCUUCUUGCCUGAGAGUUUAUUCCACAGACUGUUGAGUCCCCAUGCUUCAAUCCCCAAAAAGAAUCGACAUUACCUCUCCACCCCUUCGAUCCAGACCGACGACCCUCUCCUGGGAGGCGGCGAAGGCGAGACGUUAGUUUCCGACGGCGCAUACAUGAUGGACGACGAGGACCUGGAGGACGGCGGUCACCUCACAUCAUCUCACCACUUCCUAACUCCAGCCUACGAUGUGAAGAUGGAGCCGAGCGCUCUUGAUAUGGACGGAGGCGACAGUUUGUCACAAGGUGGCUAUGAUAGCUCAGACAGAGAGGCCAUUUUGGAUGACGUCAUCAUGGCACCGAAGAAUUCAGACUCUUCCUCAAGCUCCGAGGAUUGACCAAAUCUCAUGUUAGAUGUAGUAGACCGAGAUCAUGACAGUCUUUUAUUUUAUUAUAUUCUGCCUUCAUUAUUUUUAUAAUUAUUAUUGAUGUUAUUGCUUAAAAUAUGGAGUAACAGAUUUUUUUUUUUUCUUGGGUUGGAUUUGUACUUGACUGUUUUGUGUAGGAAAGAUAUAGGCGCCUUUUUUUUUUUUUUUUUUUUUUUUUUUCUUUACACCUCAUUCAGCACAUUGUGCAAAAUCUUAAUUCCAGAUGGAUGAAAUGUAUCAAUUUCAUGUCUCACAUACCCACAGUAGGCCCCUUUCGUUGUUUAUUGGCUGGGAAAGGAGCGGUUUGUCUCACACCCUCAGGCUGAACUGUUUAACAGUGUGCUGGAGGA